CUGUGCGUCGGAGAUGGAGCGCUGGGUGGAGGACAUCAGGAUGGCCAUCGACCUGGCGGAGCAGAGCAGCAGCCCGACCUCCGACCUCCUGUCCACCUCCCCGACUGACAACAAGCUGUCGGAGGACGGAGGCUUGGAGGUGGAGUCGGAGGACGAGCUUUGUGGCUCUCGCUCGUCUCUUGAGCGUCAGGGACAUCGUGGAAACACAACGGUUCACGUGUGCUGGCAUCGAAACACCAGCGUCUCCAUGGUGGACUUCAGUGUUGCUGUGGAGAACCAGCUGUCUGGAAACCUUCUGAGGAAGUUUAAGAACAGUAACGGCUGGCAGAAACUCUGGGUCGUCUUCACCAACUUCAGCCUGUUCUUCUACAAGUCACACCAGGACGAAUAUCCUUUGGCCAGCCUUCCUCUGCUCGGAUACUCCGUCACCGUACCCGCCGAGUCGGAGAACAUCCACAAAGACUACGUGUUCAAACUCCACUUUAAAUCCCACGUCUACUACUUCAGAUCGGAGAGCGAGUACACCUUCGAAAGGUGGAUGGAGGUGAUCCGCAGCGCCACCUGCUCCGCCAGCCGCCCCCUGCUGAGCUCCAGGAAGGAUUACUGAUGAAAAGACUCUUAUUAUAAACACAGAAUCACUGUUAACACCUCUUAAUAGUUGAUUCACACACACAUCACAACCACGUAUCUAUGUAGAGAUCCACGAUGUAAUUAAUCAUGUCCUUUUUUCACUUGCUCCAAACUGGCAACACCAUCUGGCAACAUUUUCCUUUACCUUUUUGUGCCGUCGAGUGUUGUUCACAUGCACACACACAUUUAAUAUUCAUGUCAUGUUUACAGCAGAGUGGGUUUUAUGUUUGGGAGGAAAUACGUGGGGUUUCCUCGACGUAUUUGGGACACUGAAGCAUGACUUGGGAUGAAAACAUGUAUAUAAGAGUCUUAAAUAAGACCUAAACGCAGGUGUGCAUGUGAACACACCCACAGUGUUUUCUAUAUAUAAUUGGAUUUAUGAAAUGUGAUGCCAGUUUGGUCACGAUUAUAAAACAUCCGUCUAUUUCUUUUUCUAAGGCGACUUUUUGUACAGUACUUUGAUACACUGUGAAAUGUUCUUUUUAAUCAUGUUUUCCUGCUUUGUUUAAAAGGACAAAUGAGUACGACAAAUGCUUCCAACGCCAUCAGAGAUUUCCCUGGUCUGUGUGCCAAAUAUCUGAUGUACUUCCUAAGUGUCUGGAUUUUCAUAUUCUAAAUAAAGAUACGAAGAGAUGUGUUAUGAGAAAACGGGACGAGUCAGAAA